AUGUCGAGGGCACAAUUUUUACGAGAGUACAAGCUCGUCGUCGUUGGCGGAGGAGGUGUCGGAAAGUCGGCCCUGACGAUUCAAUUCAUUCAGAGCCAUUUCGUGGACGAGUACGACCCCACCAUCGAGGAUUCGUACCGCAAGCAAUGCGUGAUUGACGACGAAGUCGCGCUCCUGGACGUACUAGACACGGCCGGGCAGGAAGAAUACGGCGCGAUGCGUGAGCAGUACAUGCGCACCGGCGAAGGUUUCUUGCUCGUCUACUCGAUCACGUCACGCAACUCCUUCGAGGAAAUCAGCACAUUCCAUCAGCAGAUCCUUCGCGUGAAGGACCAAGAUUCGUUCCCUGUCAUUGUCGUCGCGAACAAGAGUGAUCUCGAGUAUGAGCGCCAGGUCGGGAUGAAUGAGGGCCGCGACCUCGCAAAACAUUUCGGUUGCAAGUUCAUCGAGACGUCUGCAAAGCAACGGAUUAACGUCGACGAGGCGUUUCAUAACCUCGUCCGUGAAAUUAGGAAGUAUAACAAGGAGCAGCAGACAGGCCGUCCCGGUGUGCAGUCCGCCGCACCGACCGCGCCGGGCAUGUACUCGGAAAAGCACCCUGAAGAUGGCGCAGGGGGCUGCUGUGGUGGGUGUGUCGUCGUAUGA